GCGGCGGGCUGCGGGGGCUGCCUGCAGGGCAGCCUGGUACGGCGAGUCCAGGGAGGCAGCUUCCAUGGAGCGAAGGGAAUGCCAGAACCCUGCCCUGACAGAUGUGGGCCAGCCUCAGCACCGACAGCCAACGCUCAGAUAGCAGAGCCGUCCUCGGGGUUGAACCAUGAUUCCAGUGACAGAGCUCCGCUACUUUGCGGACACACAGCCAGCAUAUCGGAUUCUGAAGCCGUGGUGGGAUGUGUUCACUGAUUAUAUCUCCAUUGUCAUGCUGAUGAUUGCUGUCUUCGGAGGGACUCUGCAGGUCACCCAGGACAAGAUGAUCUGCCUGCCUUGUAAGUGGGUCACCAAGGACUCCUGUAACGACUCAUUCCGGGGCUGGGUAGCCCCCAGCCCAGAGCCUUCCUACCCCAACACGACGCUCCUGCCAGCUCCUGACAAAGGCCCCACAGGCAUCAAGUAUGACUUGGACAGACACCAGUACAACUAUGUGGAUGCUGUGUGCUACGAGAAUCGACUGCACUGGUUUGCCAAGUACUUCCCCUACCUGGUGCUCCUGCACACCCUCAUCUUCCUGGCCUGCAGCAACUUCUGGUUCAAGUUCCCACGCACCAGCUCAAAGCUAGAACACUUUGUAUCUAUCCUGCUCAAGUGCUUCGACUCACCUUGGACAACACGAGCCUUGUCAGAAACUGUGGUGGAGGAGAGUGAUCCCAAGCCAGCCUUUAGCAAGAUGAAUGGCUCCAUGGACAAGAAGUCAUCCACAGUCAGUGAGGAUGUGGAGGCCACUGUGCCUAUGCUACAGCGGACUAAGUCGCGCAUUGAGCAAGGUAUUGUGGACCGCUCAGAGACAGGUGUGCUGGACAAGAAGGAGGGGGAGCAGGCCAAGGCGCUGUUUGAGAAGGUGAAGAAAUUUCGGACACAUGUAGAGGAGGGAGACAUCGUGUAUCGCCUCUACAUGCGACAGACCAUCAUCAAGGUGAUCAAGUUCAUCCUCAUCAUCUGCUACACUGUGUACUAUGUGCACAACAUCAAGUUCGACGUGGACUGCACUGUGGACAUUGAGAGCCUGACAGGCUACCGAACCUACCGUUGUGCCCACCCUCUCGCCACACUCUUCAAGAUCCUCGCCUCCUUCUACAUCAGCCUGGUCAUCUUCUACGGCCUCAUCUGCAUGUACACGCUGUGGUGGAUGCUGCGGCGCUCCCUCAAGAAGUACUCGUUCGAGUCGAUCCGCGAGGAGAGCAGCUACAGUGACAUUCCCGAUGUCAAGAACGACUUUGCCUUCAUGCUCCACCUCAUCGACCAGUAUGAUCCGCUGUACUCUAAGCGCUUUGCUGUCUUCCUGUCAGAGGUGAGUGAGAAUAAACUGCGGCAGUUAAACCUCAACAAUGAGUGGACAUUGGACAAGUUGAGGCAGCGGCUCACCAAGAACGCGCAGGACAAGCUGGAGUUGCACCUGUUCAUGCUCAGUGGCAUCCCUGACACUGUGUUUGACCUGGUGGAGCUGGAGGUACUGAAGCUGGAGCUGAUCCCGGAUGUGACCAUCCCACCCAGCAUUGCCCAGCUCACUGGCCUCAAGGAGUUGUGGCUAUACCACACUGCAGCCAAGAUUGAGGCUCCCGCCUUGGCCUUCCUGCGUGAGAACCUGCGGGCACUGCAUAUCAAGUUCACUGACAUCAAGGAGAUCCCGCUUUGGAUCUACAGCCUGAAGACACUGGAGGAACUGCACCUAACAGGCAACCUGAGUGCGGAGAACAACCGCUACAUUGUUAUCGAUGGGCUCCGCGAGCUCAAGCGCCUCAAGGUGUUACGGCUCAAGAGCAACCUGAGCAAACUGCCUCAGGUGGUCACGGACGUGGGUGUGCACCUGCAGAAGUUGUCCAUCAACAACGAGGGCACUAAGCUCAUCGUUCUCAACAGCCUCAAGAAGAUGGUGAAUCUGACAGAGCUGGAGCUAAUCCGCUGUGACCUGGAGCGCAUCCCCCACUCCAUCUUCAGCCUUCACAACCUACAGGAGAUUGACCUUAAGGACAACAACCUCAAGACCAUUGAGGAGAUCAUCAGCUUCCAGCACCUGCAUCGCCUCACCUGCCUUAAGCUGUGGUACAACCACAUCGCCUACAUCCCUAUCCAGAUCGGCAACCUCACCAACCUCGAGCGCCUCUAUCUGAACCGCAACAAAAUUGAGAAGAUCCCUACCCAGCUCUUCUACUGCCGCAAGCUGCGCUACCUAGACCUUAGCCACAACAACCUGACCUUCCUCCCUGCCGACAUUGGCCUCCUGCAAAACCUCCAAAAUCUGGCUGUCACGGCCAAUCGGAUCGAGGCCCUCCCACCAGAGCUCUUCCAGUGCCGGAAGCUGCGGGCCCUGCACCUGGGCAACAACGUGCUGCAGUCGCUGCCCUCACGCGUGGGGGAGCUAACCAACCUGACCCAGAUCGAGCUGCGAGGCAACCGGCUGGAGUGUCUGCCCGUGGAGCUGGGCGAGUGCCCACUGCUCAAGCGCAGUGGCCUGGUGGUAGAGGAAGACCUGUUCAACACGUUGCCACCCGAGGUGAAGGAACGGCUCUGGAGGGCCGACAAGGAACAGGCCUGAGUGCUGGAAGCCAGCCGAAGAACGGGGCUGGCCCAGAGCAGCCAGCAGUGGGACCAGCAAGAAGUCCUUAGGCCCAGGAGGGUCAGGCUCUGCUCUUCCCAGAAGUCCAGGGACAGGCAGCCCAGCCUCUUGGUCAGGCAGGAGCCAGGGGCAGGAUGUGAGCUGGGCCAAGGUGAAAGGACAGUACCUGAGGGGCUGGCCCCUUUUCUCCCUCUGAGAUUCACGUCCCUCAAGGCAGGUGCCUAUUGGGGGAGAUCAGAGGACUGCGCAGUAUUUGGACAAUCAGGGCCUCCUCAUUGGAGACCCAUUCUCUGCCCCAGAGGCUAAGCUGAUGCCAGAGGUCCAGGGACACCUACUUAGUUCUUGGUAUUUAUUUUUCUUCACAUCCCAUAUCCUCCUUUAGAUAACUUAUACAUUCCUAAGGAAGUUCGGCUCUGAUGGAGGGUGUUUAUGGAAGGGUACACUAUGUCCCCUUUUCCUUUUUAGUGAUGCCACUGGUGUUUAGGGACCACCCAAAUUUGAGCAGAGGGGUCCAGGGUAACCAGCCAUGGGAUGGUCAUCCCCAAUGGUUCUAGACUGGGGUCUGGUAACAUGGCUCAUGGGACAGCAGGAAGCAGGUUGAGAGGCCAGGCCUGGAGCCUGCCGCAUCAGUUCUAGUGGCAAUUUCAGUUUGUUUGUUGUUGUUUUUUUAAGUAAAAAGUUUUUUUUUUAACGCUUUGACAAUGGAUGGUUUGGGUAUUAAAAAAAAAAAAAAAAAA